UUUUUUUUUGCUGUACAACUAAUUUUUCGGGUCCCAGACAUGCUAUUUAUCCCUCACUAGCUGCAAAAUCAUCUCUGCCUCUGGACACCACUAGUUCAACCCUCCUGUGACGUCACAAUGUAAACGAAGCUGCUAGCUGCUGGAAAAGACCAACGUGUCACACAGCCUUGUAUCACGGUUAGUUUUUCCACCCACAAGGUAUCAAAAUCUAGUUAAUAACUCUAGUCGCUAGCAUUUCCAGUCGCAAAUUGACACGUGUGAACUGACCUUAGACUUUGUAAGUGUUACAAUAUUUCGUUAUGAAACGUAUAGUAAAUAGGACUUGGUCUUUUAAAGCUAUCAAUAGUGAUUAUUUAUUGUAUCAUCGCACACAAUACAGACGAUCUUAUUUUGUGAACUCAUCAGUUUGAUGAAUGGGUUGUGUGAUGUAUCUGCUGUAUCAUUGCCUGCCACUGUUGCUGCUGUUCUUCCUCCCACGGCUUCUCGAUGCCUCCCGCUUCCCCACGGGCUGGUACCCUAACCAUCCCUUUGGCCACACCAAUGUUACCCUGAAGGACCCCAGCCAGCACAGCGUGGGCCACGAGACAUUUUUAAGGGUUGCAGUGGAGGAAUGGGAACCACACGUGAAGGUGAGGGAAGCAUCUGACGGCACCAUUACCAUCAGCGGCCCAAUGGCCAAUCUGCUGAACGCUCUUGCCGACACGCUCAACUUUAGUUACACGUUAGUGAGACCACCAGACGGGGCAUGGGGUGCCCCGGACGAAUUGGGCAACUGGAACGGUAUGAUCGGCAUGGUGAGGCGGAAUGAGGCAGACUUGGCACUGGGUCCAUUUGGAAUGACAGAAGAACGGACAAAGGCAGCUGAAUUUUCAUAUCCAAUAAUGAUUGACUAUUACAAGAUCCUGGUGAAGAGAGCUCAUGCUCAACUUAAUCCUUGGGGCUUCCUCAACCCUCUGCAGCCUCUUGUGUGGCUUGGAGUUUGGUUGACUUUCUGUGUGGCUUGCAUCACCCUUACACUCUCCAGACUUGCUCUAGAAUGGGAAAGGUUGCCCAUCACUUCUAAUAUCAUGGUGGCUCUUAGAUGCUCCUGGGAUCAGCUGGCUAUUCUAUUGCAGCAAACCUUGCAGAGUAUCCCGGACACUCUGUCAGCACAGGCAAUGAUUGGGCUGUGGCUGCUGACGGUAAUGGUUAUUAUGAGGAGCUACUCAAGUGCCCUCACCUCCCUCCUUGCUGUCAGACAUAUUCCAGUCAAAAUCAACAACCUUCGAGACCUGAUUGACGAGAAGGAGUAUGGCCUUAUAUUUGAAACAUCAACUGCACUCACUGCAUAUAUGAAGGAUUCAAAGAAGGGCAUCUAUCUGGAGCUAGAAGAGACAAAGGCACAGGGAAGGUCACAGUUCCUGAAGGCAUUUGAGCUCCUUCAAGCUGCACGUACCCUAGUCAAGCAUGAGGAUUAUGCUCUCCUUGUAGAGAUAACUACCAUAAAGAAGAUUCUGUCCGAUGACUUCUCCAGCACAGGGAGUUGUGAUUACUACAUUGCCAAGGAACACUUCUUUCCACUUAUAUUCUGCAUCAUUGGUCGCCAUGGACUUCAUCACAUGCCUUUUAUCAACUUCAUAAUCCAGUCAAUGGUGGAACAUGACCUGUAUAGCAACUGGCUAUAUGAAGAAUUUACCAAUGCUACAGCAUGUCUCAAAGCACCCAUUUCCAUAACUGUCAAGGAGCCUUAUGGUAUUGUGGGACUCUGGGGAAUGUUUACACUCCUGUUCGUUGGCCUCAUGCUUGCAGGGCUGACAUUCUUGGUUGAGUUGGUGGUGCAUGCAUGGAACAAAAACAAAGAAAAUCCAACGUUAUAUCCUGGUGUCAUCUUUCUUCGUCAGCAAUUUUUCAAGUUGUAUCGGUAAGUGGUGAUGACAGGUAUUUCUGUCAAUUGGUCAAUUUGCACUUAUGGCAAUGAGCAUUCAACUAAUAUUUCAGUGAUACUUUAAAUCACCAUCCUUAAAUUAGCUAGUGAACCAAUAGCCAAGAUAAUAACAAACUCUAACUGCAUUCUCGACAAUGUAACCCAUGCCUGGAGAACUUAUUACCAGGUCACUAUAAGCUAACUAGGUGAAUAUAGUACAUACAACUAUAUGGUAUUUUUGAAAAUUACAUUUUAGUGUUUAAAUGGCUUGUAUUAAUUUCAAUUAAGAAGAAAAGUAUAUCAAUAGGAAAAAGGAAGCAGAAAGUUAUUCUAAGAAUAAAAACAUGAGAUAUAUUGAGUAUGAAGUUGUAAGUAAUUGCAGAGUUUGAUAAUUAUGUUCAAUAUAACAAAGUGAACCAGUAAAAUACGAGUAAAAAUAAAUCAAUUAUAAUACUGUACUGGUCAAAUUAUUGUGAUAUGUGUAUGUAAUUAUUUUUUUCAUCAUGUCCUCAUUGAGAAAAUGAAAGGCCAUCCUUAUAUUUUCAACCUCUUAUAUGUACAGUAUCUCCAGUUUACUGAGCAGCCUCAUAUGAAGAAAUGUUAGCCACAUGAUUAAAAAGUUGCCUCU